GAUCGUCUAUUAAAUUACAUCGCUAUAUUUGACAAGAAAAUAGUUGAAUCAACAACACUGUUUAGUGAGAAUUUUUUGUUGCGUAUUCCACCGAAGAGUAAUCCUUUGAAACGCAUUAAAAUGGCCAACACACCUGCUCCUGCUGCUGGAUCUGCCCCUGUUAUGCGUGGCUUGCACAACUUGCAAACAAAACGUCAAUUGGCUAUUGCUAUUGGCUUGACUGCCUGUGUUACAGUCGCCUUUAAAAUCUUGGUUAACAACCCCAAGAAAGAAGCUUACGCUGAAUUCUACAAGACCUAUGAUGCCCAAAAAUCUUUUGAACGCAUGAAGGCCAAUGGUCGUUUCCAAUCUUGCUAAAUUGUGUGCUUUCUUGGAAACAUUUAGCCAUGUACAUUUGCUAGUUUAAGCUUUAGCAGUAUAAUGAAAA